AUGCGCGCCACAACAUCCACUGCUCUCCUGGCUGCCCUCACGGGAUCUGCCUCAGCCCACAUGAUGCUGUCGUACCCUGCUCCUCUGAACAGCAAAUACAACCCCUUCGCGGACUCGGGCAAGAUCGACUACUCAUACACUGCUCCUCUCGCGGCAGACGGAUCAGACUACCCUUGCAAGGGCUACCAGAGCGACCUGGGCACAUCAGCCGGUCAGGCAACUGCUUCUUUUGCGAUCGGCGGUCAAGGCAACAUCACAGUUGUGGGCGGAGCUGCCCACGGCGGUGGUUCGUGCCAGAUUUCUCUGUCCACGGAUGGCGCCAAGACCUUCACUGUUAUCCAGAGCAUUGUCGGAAACUGCCCAGUCAACGGCGAGGGCAACUUCGACUUCACCGUCCCCUCUGACGCCCCUGCCGGAGAUGCUGUUCUGGCCUGGUCCUGGAACAACCGGAUCGGCAACCGUGAAUUCUACAUGAACUGCGCUGCAGUCACCCUCACCGGCGGCAGCGCCAAGAGGGAGGCCACCGACAAGCGCGGAGUUGCGUUCUCCUCACGUCCCCAGAUAUUCGUCGCCAACAUCGGCAACGGGUGCAAUGUGGCCGAGGGCGGCGACGUCAACUACCCCAACCCAGGCCCCGAUGUCACGAACAACAGUGACAACCCGGAAGCACCUACUGGAAACUGCGGCUCCACGGGCUCAUCCAGCGGAUCUGGCUCGUCGGACUCUGGCUCGGCCGCUUCGUCCAGCUCCAGCUCUGUCGCAGAAGCGACCCCAAGCUCCUCAGCUCUCGGUGGUAUCUUCGCAACUGUGUCGGCCUCUGUCGAGGUUCCCGCUGCAACCCAGGCUUCCACCACCCUCUCGACUGUCACCAGCGCCACCCCGACCCCUACUCCUGACACCGCAACUCCUACGACUGCCGCAUCUGCCGGUGAAGCCUCUGGGACUACUACUUCCGGUGCCACCGCCGCUGGCUCUGCAUGCACGAACGAGGGCGAGUGGAACUGCAUCAGCGGAUCUUCGUUCCAGCGCUGUGCCUCUGGCACGUGGUCCGCUGUCCAGAGCCUUGCCGCAGGAACAGCUUGCGAGGCUGGUGUCGCAGCCAAUCUGAAGAUGAUCACCGCCAGGAAGCCCGGGCGCUUCCACAAGCGCCGCAUUGCUGCUUAA